AUGUCGAACUUCAUGCACAAAGUUAAGGAUGCCGUGACUGAUCGUCGUGAUGAAGAUACAUCUCCCGGCUACAAAGAGUCGAACAAAAUGAAUGAUAACCGCAGUGCCUUUGAAUCCUCCAACCCUCAACAGAGAUUGGAUACGGAUCCGAACCAGCAUGGCUCUGCUCGGACAGCCCCAUCUUCCAGCGGAGGAUCCAACCCAUUUGGUGGCUCCGGUAAUAGAACUGGUACCCAUAAUCAAUCCAAGGUCGACGAACCCCGUGACACAGAUCGUUUCAAUUCGCAUGGAUCGACUGGUACAACGGGCGGUAGAGCAACCAAUGCUGGCCCACAUGAUUCAAACCUGGCCAACAAGAUGGACCCUCGCGUUGAUAGUGAUCUUGAUAACCGCGGUAACAACGCUGGGAAUUUCGGCUCUCAAGGCAAUCGUGGUAAUGCCCAAGGAUUCCAGCCCAACAGCAAAACCCAAAGUUCCACCGGACAAAUGCAUACCGGUAUGCAGGGAAUUGACAAUCAUGAGACUAGUGAAGAAAGCUACAGUAGCUCCAAGCAGGAUCGCAAAACACACAGAGAGCCCGGCGCUUUUGGUGCCGAGAAACUGACAAGCGAGGAUAAUCAUAGCAGUUCGAUGCAGGAGCACAAAUCUCACUCUAGCACUACCCACACCAAGCCCUGCAAUAUGGAACCACAUACCCAGGGCCAGCAGGCCUUCGGUAGAAGCGCACCCGGUGGUAGCAGCUACAACGACAAUCGAUCAGGUCUCAGUGAGGGUAAUCAAAGCGGCAAUCCCACGAGUAAGCUUGGCCCUGAGUCGAAUGUUCGACAAGCUCGUGCCCAGGACCAGCGGGGUGGGUACUAA